AUGACGAAACGAGUACACACCUUCGUCCAUGUCAUUCCUUCUGUAACAACCGAGCUGGAAGCGGUAGCAAGUGCUGUGCGAUAUCCUUCCAAGCUUCGCAAUCUCUCAGACCUCCGCCAAAAGGUGCCGUCUCUUGGAAAGUACAACAAGUUCCUAGAUGACAUCGCUGAAUGGGCGAAAUCCCCGGAGCGUAGUCGUUGGGACGAGGCCCUGAAUCCAGACGUUCUUCAACUCUACACGCCCUGGUGCAUAACCUUGGAUGCUAUCCAAGCUGGAUCGUGUGAGCUCGCGGCCCGCACUGCGCCAGAUGCUCUCCUGCAUACUAUAUUUUCUGGAGGGUCCUCGGACGAGUCCCGUCAUACAAUGUACACAGAGGUCGACGUCCUCCUUCCAGUUAUGCUCGACUCUCCACACCCUCUCAAGACAGCGCGGGCGGAUACUUGCUUUGGCAUGGUCGCUCCAAAGGAUCUAUUAGAAAAGAUCGAUGCUGCAUCCUUCACGAUGCAUGCUGCGCCAUAUACGAGCAGCUUAAGGUGUAUGGACAUCCAACGGGAAGACCUAGCUUUUGGGACCUUCUUUGCAGAAUGGAAGCGUAACUCGACACCCUCGGACGCCUCGCGUCAAGCUGUAUACUACGGUUAUGCGAUGCAGGCUCUUCGGCAACUAUUCAAGUUGCCCGCCCGCCCCUUAUAUGGUAUGGUAUUUGAGAAGGGCGUCCUUCACCUCGCUGCCAUGACGAUUGAUAGCACCGAUAAUUCCUACGUUCAAUUGCAGCAGUCUAUGUCUAUUGCCCAUUCUUGGGACCUCCGUCAUCCGUCGGCCCUUGUUGAAUGCUUUUAUUUCAUCCUCGCCUUGAAGAAGACCGUGGACGCUAACCUGCAGAAAGAUUUCGAGGAACUACGCCAACGCGACGAUGCUGCACUGAUCGAUUGGGAUGCAUUGCGGAAACGGGCAGACGACUGGCGGAAAUAUGACGCAGGAAGGUCCAAGACGGCUAAAAUCAAGCGCCUCAAGGGCGCUCGCCCGGGCCUAGCGCGUGGUGACGAUGGAGGCAGCUCUCCUGCUGAUGAACGUUCGGGUGGAAACAACAACGAAUCAACAAAUGUCGACCACAAGUCCGAUGACUAUCAAAUGGAUUCUGAAGAAAACAGCAGUGAUGAUGAGGAGUCGGAUCCCGAAGAACGCCAUACGAAGUACGUGUCCAUCCUGAGUUGGCGGCGCGGCAAGGAAUAUCCUGUGCAAGAUCUAGAUGCAUGGUACCGCGACCCCGAGUCACUGAAACUAGUUUCCCGCUUUUAG